CUUAUCCGGACGUUUUUUAUCAGUGGUGGACGUAUGAUUUGAAACUUGUAACCGGAUUCGGAGCAGAAGAAAAGGGAUUGGCAAGAUGCACAAACAUGAAAGGUGCCCGAAUUCAAGAUUGGUCUUUAGUGUAGACUGAUCUGAAGGACGCUCUCUAGUUCUGGCUCGCAUUUGUAUGUGAAAAUGCCUCGAAGAUACAAAGCCGAUCGAGAAGAGGACCACGAUGAAAAUGGCAGGCGCUCUGAAAGAAAGAAGAAGAAGAAGAAACCUAAACCAGAGCCACCCCCUGCCAUCCCCCGCGAGGAGACCGAGGAGGAACGCAGGGAGCUGAUGCGUCGUCUGCGGAGGAAGAAGAAGAAGACGACGGAGGGUGCAGGUCUGUCUCUGGCGGAUAGGAUACAGGUGCAGAGGAAGAUAGAGGAGCAGAACCGACAGAUACAAGAAGAGAAUGCCAACUAUAACAUGAGCCUGGGGAGCUUGGCAGUCUCCGAAUUAGAUGCCGUUGAUUCAAGGUCAAGGUUAGAAGAGGUCAAGGAAGAAGGUCAAGGAUCACGUGACGUUUUGUUGACGACAGUGGCUGAAGAGGACAGUGUUGCACCAGUUAUAGAAAACAAUGCGAACGGAACGCUUACACCAGUAGAAACACCAGAAAUGCAAAGAGCGCCGGAUUUUGCGCCAAUGGAACCUGGCUACUACGACGUCACGACGGGGUGCACGACCCAGAUGAUCGACGGCACGGUGCAUCAUGUUUCUAAUCGCAGGAUACGCAGCUCAAGCACAAUGAGGCAGAGAUGCGUGGACCUGAGGAAGACCAAAAGUUCCUUUGAGGUUACAGCUGUUACUCCCAAAGAGCAGACGGCACGCAUUCGAAUGAAUGAGCAGACAUCCUUUGCGGGACAGGGCAAUAAUUAUCAAUACAGAAGUUAUGAGGAGAUGUAUGUGCUUCAUCCCCAUCAGCGUCCAAAAACGGCUGUGAUACCUACGCGAAAUGAUAUGCUUGUAAGGCGCAUCCAAAGCUCAAAGCCGAAUCUUGCGUCAAGGAAAUUGGUUGUGAAGGACUCGAGUUCAAGGACGGUUGAGCGGGGUUCUAGUGUCACAAUGGUUGUGAGUGAUUCCAAUGUCAACUCUGAGACAAAUGUGAUAAAAGCAAAUCAAGAGACAGAAAAGAUCAAGAUAGAUAGGUCACACUAUGUUGAUGCUGCUGAAUCGAAAUGUUGUGAUUGUAUUGACGUCGCAGUUGCCAGGACGGAAUUAGUUCAGGUGAUAACGGGAAGAGAACGAUCUGCUGAAAAUAUUGUUGUUAUUGAGGCAGAGCAAACUGCAGAAAUGACUGAAAAAAACGUCGCUAUGGAAGAGAACAGGGUAGCCACGGAAGUUAUUGUAGUCACCAAGGAAGAAGACAGGGUUGCCAAGGAAGUUAUUGUAGUCGCUAAGGAAGAGGACAUGGUUGCUAAUGAAUCUGUCGUUGUUGCACAAAAUGAAGAAACCACCAAAUCAGAGCUAAACAAAGGGCCAACUGAAACUGAUUUGAAUGUCAAGGUUGUUGAAACAAAUUCCACGGUUGUGACAGAGACAAAAAUAACUGAGGAAGAUACAAAAUUGAUUCUAGUAGCUGAUGACACAACUGAUGAGAAAAUUGACCUGUGGAUAAAGGAAUCAGAAGAGAAGUCCAAGGAUGUAACUGAAAUCAAAACAGAGAAGGGUGAGACGGAGGAUAUGGAGAAGGAUAAAAAAGAUGUGGAUAUCAAACUUGUUGCAGAUGUUGAAAAUGAGGUCGUCACUGUUAAAACAAAAGAUGCACCUGAACCUCAGCCAGAAGAAGUCAAGGACACUGAAAUUGAAACGGAGUUGGUGAAAGAUGCUGUUGCACAAGAACCAAAUAACGAUGAAGAAGGAAGCAAAGACUCAGAGUCACAGUCCAUGUCGAAUUCAGAGGUGUCCCUGCAUCUUGCUGUAUCACUGGAUGGAGAGGACAGCAGCCCAGGUACUGAACCAACCAUGGAGGAGCUGCAGGAUGCUACCCCCGAGCCGACUGUUGUCAGCAAAGUAGAGGAGAUGCCUAAGGAAGAUGUUGAUUCUAAACAGGAGGUGCCUGAGAAAGAUGUACCAAUCGAGGAAGGUACUGCGGAUACGAAGGACGGUGCCGCUGAAGAGGAAUUAGCAAAGGAGGAGGAGGUUUCAACCGAAGAGGUAGCACCCAAUGAGGAGGAGGUUCCCAUUGAAGAGGAAGGAGCCAAGGAUGCCGACAGCCCUAGUCCAAGCAAGGAUGUUCCCAAGGAGGAAGAAACACCAAAGGAGGAUGAGCCAAUCCAAAGCCCAGUGGUUGAGGUGGUAAAACCUCUCACUCCCAAGGCAUCACCCCCAAGGAAACGCCCUUCAACAAGUCAACCACACGGGAACAAAUCACAGCUUGACAUCCCGAACAAACCGAAUCGCCACAGCUCCUUAGACACACGAGCCAUGGAAAAGAUGAUCGCAGACAUGGAGAAGAAGGUUGACGAUGACUUGUCAAGUAUUCUGAACCCGCCAGGAGCACCGAAACCAAUCCCGGCAUGGGAGAAAGAGAAGAAUAAGGAGACCAUGAAAAAGUUAUUAAAUGACGAGUUCUUUGAAGAGGGGGAUGAGGAUUUACUGCAAGGUUUUAUCAAAGAUGGAUAA